AUGAGUCUUCAAUUAUCAAUAGUUUUUGGAAUUAUGGUAUUUCAAAUGACAUUUUUAUUAAUUUUAGUAUUACCAGUUCCAUAUAUAAUUAGAUCUAAAAUAAUUGAAUUAUAUAAUAUAGUAACAAAUUUUAAAAAUUUUAAAGUAUUUUUAAUAUUUUCAAUAUCAUUAAUGUCAUUACAAUUAAUGGAUUGUUUACAAAGAUUACAAAAAUUUCAAAAAAAUGAAAAUUCAAAUUUAUCAAAUGGUUUUGUAAAUUAUGAUAGAUUAGCUUCAAAAUUUUAUUCUCAAAGAAAUUUAUAUUUAAGUGGUUCAAUAUUAUAUUUAACUUUAUGUAUAUUUACAGUUGUUACAAUAGUUAAAAAAUUAGUUUUAAAAGAAAAAAUUUAUAGAGAAGAAAUUUUAAAACAAACUAGUGGUAAAUCAACAACAACUACAUCAGAUAAUAAUGAUGCUACACUUGCUGAAAUUGAAAAAUUAAAACAUCAAAUUGAAUUUAAAGAAAGAGAUAUUAAAAAUUUAAAAGAACAAAUAAAAAAUAAUCAAGCUGCUUAUGAUAAAUUAAAUGUUGAAACAAUCAUAACGAAAGAUGAUUAA